CAAACAGAGCUGGUGAGAGGAGGGACGCCUUAGACCUGAGCGUAUAUUAGGCCCUCGUAAUCAGGUCCAGUAUGGUGGGACGACUACUUCUUCAGAGUGCAGUGAUCCUUUGGCUGGUGCAGGCGGCGCACACAGGGGGUCACGGUGCUGCAGACGGAGUACCCAAUGGGCCACAGCUUAAUGGAAGGAAACUGCAGAAUGCUGGAGGUGUGCGAACAAUGCUGAUGCCAUCAAAAGGUUACAGGCCAGCAGUUGGUGUUUCAGGUCCAAAUGGCUAUGGUGCACCUUCUGGUAUGGUCAAAGGACUGGGGACAAAAGGCUAUGGAGCAGCAGCCAGCGUGUCAAAAGGACAAGGUGGCAAACCACAGGGAGGAUAUCCAGCAGUUUUAUCGCACCAAAAUGGAGCUAAUGGAUAUGGUGUUAAAGCCGGUCCAACAAAUGGACAGCAAACAAAAGGCUAUGGCGUUCAAGCUGGCAGAUAUGGAUGGCAAGGACCUAAUGGCAAUGGUUAUAGUGCUGGUUCUACUGGAAAUGUGCCUAACACCAAAGGUCAUGGAGCUGCAGCUAGUCCAUUGAAUGGCUAUGGGGCAAGACCAAAUGGCCAAGGAGGAGCUGGAAGUAAACCCAUGAAGGGAUAUGGCCAACCACCUUAUGGGGCAGGACCGGGUAUGGGAGCCUUCAGAGGUCUGGGAAUACCUCUGUUUGCUGGCAAUUAUAAAGGUUACGGAGCUCAGCCCAUGGCAGGCAACAGUGGUGGUUAUGGCAGCGCUGGUUUGGGUCUGGGACCUCGGCACGGAAAUGGGUGGAUGAAGGGGCCUAAGCAAGGCUAUGGUGCUGCAGCUGGGGUUUCCAAUGGACAAGGGUCAAAAGCCAAUGGUUAUGCUGGAGCCAGACCACCUUUCAGGAGUGGAGUCAUGUUGAAUGGGUUUGGCAGCGUUCCUAAUGGGUAUGGUGCCAAACCCAACGGCUAUGGAAGCUACAGAGGAAGUGCAGUAAGACCCCAGCCAGGUUAUGGAGCUGCAGCAGGCACCGGUGCUAAUGCAUUCAAAGGAUACACAGCCAAAUCCAAUGGUCACAGAGUUAGAAAUGCUGCACUUGGUGGAUAUGGAGGGAAACCUUCUGGGUACGGAGGGUCAAAACCUCAAAAAACUACUAAAGGAUUUGGAGCGAUGUCACCAAGUGAAGGGUAUGGUGGUCCUGCUGGUGCACCUAAUGGACAGUUGCCUGAAGCAGCUAAUGCAGGUUACAACAGGCUGCCAAAUACAAAGGGUCAAGCUGGAAAGGGUGCAGGUGAAUUCACUGGAAAGGACCUUAAAGGUGGAGUUCAUUCUCCUGAGCAGCCAAGUGCAGCACCGUUGGAGGGUCUUUCACUCCAACAAGCAAUAACUCGUGGUGCAGUGCCUUUCGCCCCGCAGCCGACUAGUGGUGUCCACGUUCUGGUGACAAAAGAGAAAUACCCAAAGCUGCUUUCUCCUUUGCCACAAGAAAAAAGCUACAAACACACACAGCUGAUCUCUCAAGUUACACCAGAACCACUCCCAGCACUUCCUGCCAAAGACCUAAAACCUGGAACCAUGGGUCCACAGUUUAAGGGAGAGAAGGUAGCCACAGCCGGGCCUGUGCAAGUGGUUCCCCAGAGUAAACCACCACCAGAGUGGGCAGCAGUCCCUCCAGAAGAGAAUGGGAGAGCUUCAGUCUCCAAGGGACAGGGAGCUAAACCAGCCAAACCCGACUGUGGACCAUCAGGAGUACCAAAUGGACAAUGGAUGAAAAUCCCUAGACCUGAUUAUAAUGCAGCAGCUGGAGCAUCUAUGGGUAUGAACACAAAAGGUUAUGGACAAGGAGGUUACCUUGGAGCUGGAUAUGGGAAUGGACAUCCAUUUGGAGGGUAUGGAAAUGACUACGGUGCUGGUGUACAGCCUGACUAUGCAAACCUUGGACAGGGUGUGCCUGCUGCUGCUGGCAAAUCAGGUAUUGGUGGGCUGCAGUUUGCUGGGCAACCUGUCGGUACAGGAACUAACGCUGCAGGAAAGUAUGGUUAUGGAUUUAGCCCCUAUGGCAAUGCAGGUGCUGAUAAGCCAUUUGGAAAAUAUGGAUAUGGAGGGUUCCCCAAUGGUGGACAAUUUCCUGGCCUUGGCAGCAGUGGAAAUACAGCUGGUAAAUAUGGUUAUGGAAGGCUGCCCUAUGAAGCUCAACCAGCUGCACUGGACCCUGAAGCAAAAUCUACAAAUAAAUAUGGUCUGGCUGGGUCACCAAAUCAACCUGAACCCCUCGGACUGGGACAUAGUGUAAAAUUACCAGGAAAAUAUGGCGGCACUGAGGUUCCCUAUGCACCGCAGGCUGUUGGUUUUGAUGCUGAAGCUAAAUCUGGGAAAUAUGAUAAUCAGGGAGUUUACCAGUCACAGCCUCUUGAAACUGCAGCUGAAGGUACAGCAGGUUUAACCUAUGAGCCCUGGCCUCGUGAGUCAGAUUCAGCUGGAAAACUCUAUGUAAAAGGAGAGGUGCCCACUCCAGCACCUGCAGCUGAAGGUGUGGGGAGGCUCAUUGAUGGAUAUGAAAAUGUGGGCUACAUAAAUGGAAGAGUGCAGCCACAAGUUGCUGCAGUCCCCACUCCCAGCCCCAACCUGGCCUACCCACCUGUCCCCUCCCGUCUUCCUGUAGCCUCCUCCUUCACACCUGAUGUGAUGCCUGGAGGUGUUCGGGACUUGUCCGACCUAGAGGGCAAAGCCAGCCUCACCCUCAACUCAGCGGCCGCUACAGGAUCAGAGGGUGUGGCUCAGGUGCCCGAACAACCCGACGACCUGCUCCAAGAGCAGCUGCCGCGUCAGAUACACAUUCAGCAGCAUCUCAAACUGCAUUUUCAGCCACAAGGAGGAGCAAAGGAUGGCAAAUACGACCUGAACGGCUUCUUUGGGAAUAGUGGCCAUCAGGGUUAACUUUGCUGAGAACAACAAAUUUAAUCUUUUUAUUACUUGUGUAUAAGGUAUAAUAAGAUAAUCAUGAUAUUGUGUCUAGUUUUCUCCUUGACCCUUUUUGUCCUGCACUGUUUUACUUACUGCCGGAAUGUAAUUUGUUUUGCAUUUUUAAUAAACCUGUCAAUUUAGAUUAAAUAUUUCUACAUAACACUAAUUUCAUCUAAUUUAUUUGACAUGAGUUUUUUUUACUACUUGUGGCAAUCAUUUGUUUAUUAU